AUGAAGAUAGCCAACUUCGAGCAGGGCACCGCCGUGGUGAAGAAAUCGUACAGCGGUUUCGGAAAGGCGAUGAUGUCCAAGAUGGGCUGGUCGGAGGGCGAGGGCCUGGGCAAGAACAAGCAGGGCAUGGCCGAGGCCAUCAAGGUUAAGAAAAGGCAGGACCAGGAGGGCCUGGGCGCGGAGGAGAUGCGCAAGUACGACUGGACGAACAAGUGGUGGGAGGGGUCGUUCAACAGCGCCGCCGACAAGUUCGCCGAGCUGGCCAAGUCGCUCGAGAUGAACAAUCCCGACGCGCAGAAGAACAAGGGCUCGUCCAGCGACAGCAGCGACAGCGAUUCCGACAGCGACAGCGACAGCGACAGCGACUCCGGCGACGUGAAGAAGGGCAGGGACGGCAUUGUGUACAGCGGCUCGAAGAAGGACUACGACCUGCACAAGCUCCUGGCCACCGAAGCCAAGGGCGGCGGCGGCUUCUUCGGCCGGGCCAAGGGCAAGCUGGCGAGGAUAGCCGCGUACGAGGCGGAGCAGCUCAAGAAGUACGGGAUCCAGGCCGGGGACGCGGCGAAGGAAGCCGAGCCCGAGCCAGCGAAGAAGGAGGAGAAGAAGUCAAAGUCGAAGAAGGAGAAGAAGAAGGAGAAGAGCUCGCCGUCGUCGGCGCCCAGCACCCCGUCGCCCGAGCCCGAGCCCGAGCCUCUGACCGGCGAGGCGUACGAGGGUAAGCCGUCCCAGAGCACGAUCGAGCGGAACUGGUGGGUCGAGGCCAAGUUCCAGUGGGGCGGCCUGGUCGGCAGCAAGCGCGAGCGAGACUUGAGCGAGGUGAGGGUGAAGGACUCGGACAAGAAGGGGUUCACCGAGGACGACCAGGAGGCUCUCUUCAACCUCGCGCACGAGGGCAAGAUCGAGAAGGGCUCGAAGCGGGGACUGGGCGGUAAGGGUCAGAUCAAGAUGAAGGCCGGGGAGGCGUACGAAGGGAAGAAGAUGAAGUUCAGCGAGGACGGCGAGCUUCUUGCGCCGGGGGUGAGCGGCGGGAAAAAGGGAGCCGACGAGAAAAAGUCCAAGGAGAAGAAGGACAAGAAGGAGAAGAAGGAGAAGAAGGACAAGAAGGAAAAAGGCAAGGACAAGGGGGAGAAGCGGAAGGCCGAGCCAGCUGCUGAGCCCGCCAAGGAGAAGAAGGAGAAGAAGGCCAAGAAGGAUAAGAAGGAGUCCAAGUCGAAAAAAUAG